AGGUUCAAGGGUCGCAUGAAAGCUUGCUGCUCUGGCCCUCACAACGAUUCUCCAAGUUUCAAUAGAUUGUUCGCACUAGGGGCUCCUGGCAUCGCUACGAAGGGAGCGAUCGGAGGCUACUAGGGGCUGCUGGCCUUACUACUAGGAACAAGAAGCUACGAACGGCGCUCCUGGCAUAGAUGGUUCGCACCAUGGCAUCCACCUUUGGCAUACCAAAUGCAAGAAAAGCAAAGAAGGACUCGAGGAAGAAACACAGAAGAAAACAAGGCAGCGAUGAUGAUUCUGAUGAUGGUCUGGGUCCCGUCAUGCUCACCAAAAAAGAGUCCCGCAAGAGGAAUGCCGAAUUCGAAAAGAAAUGUGCCGCUGAAGCCUUUAGAUUCGAACAGGAGAGAGCGAAGUUGCUGUAUGGAAGGCUACCGCGACAUCUUGAGGAACGUCACGAAGACUACCUAGCAAGGCUGCCGCGUGUGGAGUUCAGCAGCGAUUCAAGUGAUACGAGUCCGCCACGCAAGAAGACGGCCAAGGCCAAGAAGAAGCCUCCUUGCACGAGCACGAGCAAGAAGCGGUCCGUGGCCGGUCUGAGACUCGGUCUCGAGGCGGGCGAGACGCGACGUGAAAGCCGCGAAGUGCCCAAUGUGAAGGAGGCUGAAGAGCCUGAGGAACCCAAAAAGCUGAAGCAGAAGAAGAGCAGUAAGGUCGAAGAGCCUCAGGAGGCCGACGGCGAAGGCGCCACGGGACCAGGUGAACCACCAGCAGAGCUCGACAAGGCGACACCAAGACAGGUGGCUUUGCGCAUGCAAGGCCGCAAAGAUGGGCGACUCUGCGCUCCCCUCAUUGAGAACCUGAAGUCCGGUGUGAAGGGCAUCGUUUGGGAUGCCGCAAACAGGAGCUGGAGGAUCAACAACAUUCCAACGACACCAGCAGGACUCAAAGGAAAGAGGACCUCGAAAACCUUCUCAGUGGCGCAACAUGGAGGUUACGAGGAAGCCCUGGAAAAGGCGAAAGAGCACUUCUACGCGCUUGUGGCGAAAGGAAUUCUGAAAGCGUCCAAGGAAAAGACCCUGCCUCAAAGUGAGGUGCCUGGGGUGAAGUGGAACAAACGGAGCCAGCGUUGGGAGGUGCUUGUGAAAGUGCCUCGCAAGAAGAGGAUCUAUGCCGGACAGUUUAAGACUCGAGAAGAAGCAGAAGCAAAAGCCAGAACCGUUUGGCAGCAGCACGAGUUGCAGCCUCUUGGCUACAAAGAAUACGUUGAAUCCAAAAAGCCGCAGCCACCCUGGACGCCCACAGAAGCUUGUUCUGGGGUCCGAUGGUGCUCGAGCAAAGCAAACUGGCACGUGCGAACACAGUUCUUCAGACGAUGGAUUGACAAAUCGUUCCCUCUCAAGGUCCUGACGGCCGAGGAGGGCGAGCGGGCCUGGCGGGAGGCUUGCGCGUGGUUGAAGAAGGAGAAGGAGAGGAUCACGGAGGCCACACCUGAGGAAGAACGAAAGAGAAUUGAAGGUGCCAGGUCUGGCCAGCCUGGUAGGGUCACGCAGAAGGCGAAGAAGAAACAAAAGGAUGUGAAGAAGGAGGAGGUAAAGCAGGAGACGCCGAGAAAACGAGCCCGUGUCAAGCAGGAGGUGAAGGAGGAGAUCAAGGAAGAACUCUCAGAUGACAAUUCGGGCGCAUUGGCAGCUGUGACCUUGAAUGAGCAAUGAUUAUGAUUAAUUGUCAAUCGCCAAAGAAGCGAUAUUAUUUUAAACUUUAAAAA